CGCGGCUGGUGGGGGUUGGCCGCGACUUCAGAAUCUCGGCGAGCUCUAGUUCGCGCAUCAUCCUGAAGCCGCUCUCAUGGCCGCCUAUAAGUUAGUGCUGAUCCGGCACGGCGAGAGCACCUGGAACCUGGAGAACCGUUUCAGUGGCUGGUAUGACGCCGACUUGAGCCCAACAGGGCGUGAGGAGGCGAAGCGCGGCGGUCAGGCGCUGCAAGAUGCUGGCUAUGAGUUUGACAUCUGCUUCACCUCAGUGCAGAAGAGAGCAAUCCGGACCCUCUGGACUGUGCUGGAAGCCAUUGAUCAGAUGUGGCUGCCAGUAGUGAGGACUUGGCGCCUCAAUGAGCGGCACUAUGGGGGUCUGACUGGCCUCAAUAAAGCAGAAACUGCUGCCAAGCAUGGCGAAGCCCAGGUUAAGAUCUGGAGGCGCUCCUAUGAUGUCCCGCCACCGCCAAUGGAGCCUGACCAUCCCUUCUACAGCAACAUCAGUAAGGAUCGCAGGUAUGCAGACCUCACUGAAGAUCAGCUACCCUCCUGUGAGAGUCUGAAGGACACUAUUGCCAGAGCCCUGCCUUUUUGGAAUGAAGAAAUAGUUCCCCAUAUCAAGGAGGGGAAACGGGUAUUGAUUGCAGCUCAUGGCAAUAGUCUUCGGGGCAUUGUCAAGCAUCUGGAGGGUCUCUCUGAAGAGGCUAUCAUGGAGCUAAAUCUGCCCACUGGUAUUCCAAUUGUCUAUGAGUUGGACAAGAACUUGAAGCCCAUCAAGCCCAUGCAGUUCCUAGGAGAUGAAGAGACCGUGCGUAAGGCCAUGGAAGCUGUGGCUGCCCAGGGCAAGGCCAAGAAGUGAAGGCGAGCCGGCAGACUACUAUCCCAAGAAUCGCCCUCCCUGUGCCCAUCCCAUUCCUCUAUACCUGACCCCUACACUUGUCACAGUCACCACAUCUGUAGGCAUUUUGAGUUGUUGUAGCUGCAGAUGGGGACCAGUGGUCCCAUUUUCAUUUCAGUCAUUUAGUUUCCUGCACCCACUCCACUUAUACAAUCUAGUCAGAAUGGCUCCUCUAGGGCAUGGGUCCUCAGUCCAGGGCCCAGCUAGUGACCCUGGGGUUUUUGUUAGUGGCUUGUUUACUAAGGACCUGCUUGAGCAUGAGAUAGGGAGGAACCAUGCUAAGGUGUGACCAAUGAGGGGAAGCAAGAGCGUCUAUUCCUGUCCCUGGGAGGCUGUACUGUUCUGUAGUUGUCACUGUCUGGGGGGCUCUAGUCAUUCCAGUGGAGGAUGAAUGUAACCUGCAUGGUGAUUUUUAAAAAAGACAACAACUUAUUCCUUCCCUGACCCCAGAGGAGCUGGCUCCAGAAGGUUGGGAUCAACCCUGAAUGUUUACGUGUUGCAUUUACUUUUACAAAAUAUAUAUAAAUAAUACAAAAACCCGUCUAGGGUCUCUAGUGGCAGUUGAAAUAAUAGUUCCGUAUGUGGUCAUCAGAAGAAAAGCCAUUCCUUUCACCACUGUGGGGUAAGCUCCUUGACUUCUACGGGGGAUAGGAGUUGAUCCUACUGUGUAUUUUAGAAUCCCUCUCUCCACUGUUUUGUGACAGUGAAAUGUCCCUUGAUCAUGUCCAAGUUGUCUUUCACUGUGUCUGAUUUCUGAAUCAUGUUCUGGUUGCUUGGCCCUACCACUUGGGCUCAGUACUAAAGUUUGAGCAUAACUGUACUAAAUCUUUUUUCCAGAUCAGUAUAAUAAAGGAGUGAUGUGCAAUAUU